AUGGUCGGUCCAGGCGGUGGUCCCCCACGCAAGAGCCACACCAAAUCUCGCAACGGCUGCAAAACAUGCAAGAGGAGACACAUUCGAUGCGAUGAGACCUUCCCGCAAUGUCGGAAUUGCACCAAGCACAACUGCCGCUGUGAUUACCAGGACCAGGUUACUGCACAACGGGGGAGCCCUCCCGCGUCACGCCGCAGCCCUGACCUUCUCAUGUCGCCAGAGAUCGAGAUGGAAAUAGACAACUGGCACCGCUCUGGUGUGCCUCCAUACCCGGAGCUCUUGCAGUGCCCACGCUCCGGGUGGUCUGGCUUGUCGCGGAUUGAUUUGCGCUUGAUUCAUCAUAUUAUCGGACUGUCCAUUGACUUGCAUCGCCGAGGGCUGAGUGCCAGCACGGUCUGGGCCCAGAAAAUGCCCAACUUCUUGGCUAUUGCACUGAAUAGCGAGUUCGUUAUGAGCGCCAUCCUAAGCUUAUCGGCUUUCCAUCUUGCUUUCCUUACACGGCACCAGGAAACCAGGCAGCUGGCGGUCCGUCACCAAGUUGCGGCGUUGCAAGGACUGCAGGCUGCCCUGGUGUCCUUCUCAAAGGAUAAUUGUGAUGCAAUCCUUGCAGCAUCUGUCCUUCUCUCAUGGCAGGCAACAGAACAUCAGAGUUGGGUGUCUUUGCAACAUGGCAUCUCGGGUGUUCUAGAAUCGAUGCAUCCAUAUUGGAAACAAGAGUCAGAACUUGCACAGUUUAUAGAGAACCAACGAGCGUUGGGCAUGCCAGAUCCUUCAAUGACCGGGGCCUACCAGCCCCUCGACGAAGACCUGGCCUAUUUAGAUCAAACAAUCCAGGCUCUACGAAUGACGCAGAAACGCGUUUCGCACAACCUCGAACACUCCCAGCGCCUUGGGGAACUCGUCGAAUUCACUCAGCAAUUCCGCGAUGAUUUCCCUAACCAAACACCCGAGCAAUUGUUCGAGAGCAUCCAAACCCUUCGUCGUUGGCUCUUCUGGCUUCCACCGUCCAUGCUCCGGAAUAGCGAGACAGACAUCAGUGCCCUUCCAAUUCUAGCCCAAUUCUUUGCCAUUGGCCUCUCCCUCGACCGCUUCUUCCCAGAGCUGGGCGGCGCAUACCUAGGUGCCUUAUCUAUCGGCCCCAUUGAAGAGAUGUACCGCAUAAUAGCCGCUCACAAUGCCACUGACCCCUUCAACCCUGAGCUCCGUCUAGCCCUUUCUCUCAUGGACUUACCCCACGGCAUUGUCGCCCGCUAUCGCAGUCGUCUCCCCUGGUCUCCCCGCUCAUCAGUCGACCACUAUUCCUCUGGUCCCUCGAGCCCUUAUCGCCACGCUAUUCACGACUAUCCCCUCGUUGGCACAUCCUCACCCGCUUCCGCCUCGCCUUCUUACGCUGCUUAUACCCCACCCUUGCAUUCUCCUCCCGCCGUCACCAUCGCCAAUUCCCCCUUCCCCAUUCAAGAUGCCUACGUCUCCGCUGCCCCCUCGCAUUCUCUUUACCCGCCCUCUCCGCAACUCCUUGAUUCCCAUGAUGGUCAACUUGGUCUUUCAGAUCUGGGACACGCUCAUGGCCACGCUCAUCAUUCCUCGAUCCCUAAUUCAGCAUCUUAUACCCCACCGUACGGCGGCGAGGCGCUCUGCGCUGAUUUACCGCGCACGGACGGCACUCUUGGUCUCAAUAUGGAGGUUUAUCCACAGACCCAUCCUUUUGAAAUCCCAGGAUUGGUUGCCUCUGCUUCACUCUGGACUUGA